CAAUACUGUGCAAUGAUUUCUCCCCACCAACAGGUGGCGCUGGCAGCGGCAGGUUCCCUGGCACCGCGAUUCUGCUGCUAUGUCAGAUGACAGAAUAAAACGAUAUGAAAAAAUCGACUUUCUGGGCGAAGGACAGUUUGCCACAGUUUACAAGGCCAGGGACACCAACAGUGGAGAUAUUGUAGCAGUUAAAAAGAUUAAAGUAGGAACAAGAGCAGAGGCAGCUGAUGGCAUCAACAGGACAGCUCUCAGGGAGAUCAAACUCCUUCAGGAACUCAGCCACAAACACAUUAUUGGGCUCCUGGAUGUGUUUGGUCAGAAGUCCAAUGUUAGCCUGGUGUUUGACUUCAUGGAAACAGAUCUGGAGAUAAUAAUCAAAGACUUGACUAUAGUGUUGACGUCUCCCCACAUCAAAUCCUACGUGCUACAGACACUGCUUGGCCUGGAGUAUCUCCACACUCACUGGAUACUGCACAGGGAUAUGAAGCCAAAUAAUUUACUUAUUAAUGAACAUGGAAUUCUAAAGAUUGGAGAUUUUGGCCUGGCGAAGUUUUUUGGAUCACCAAGUCGUCCAUAUUCUCAUCAGGUGGUAACCAGAUGGUAUCGGUGUCCCGAGUUACUGUUUGGAGCUAGAUUCUACAGCACAGGUGUGGACAUAUGGGCUGUGGGAUGCAUACUUGCUGAGUUGUUAAUUCGGGCGCCUUUCCUGCCUGGAGAUUCUGACCUGGAUCAACUCAGUAGAAUCUUUCAGGUGCUUGGGACACCAGGAGAUGAAGACUGGCCGGACAUGCAGCACCUACCAGACUUCAUCAAAUUCAAGCAGUAUCCACGGCAACCCCUGAAGGACAUCUUCAUAGCCGCUGGUGAUGACCUGCUGGAGGUGAUGGACAAGAUGCUGGCCAUGGACCCUCUCAAACGCUGCUCAGCAACAGAGGCUUUGAAAAUGCCUUACUUCAGUAACAAGCCUGCCCCAGCUGCAGGUUCGAAGCUCCCUCGGCCUGGCUCCAACAAGAUAGUGAACCAGGAGCAGGAGAUACUGAGAGCAGGCAUCAAGAGGAAGCAACAACAGGGGGAGUCCACUGGACUUGCAAAGAAGCUUGUGUUUUGAUGCGCAGCUUACCCUGAGAUAUUUUGGGGGGAAUGUCAAGGUUAUUUGUGAUUCUUACAGAAAAGACUCUAAUCUCUAAGUGCUCAUUAUUGUAGGGUAAAAAAUUUACAUUCAUGUUAAUGCCUUGUUACUUUUGUUGAAGAGUUUGGUUAAUUUUCUAAGAUAAACAAAACAUUGUUUUCAUCCUAUUUACCAUUCUCCAGGCAAUCUAAAUAUAAAAACAAUACUCUUCCAAGAGAUCUUCCCAUCUACUUAACAUAAUACCAGGUAUGAGUGAUUUAUCUUUUAAUGGCUAAAUUAUUGUUCUUUCAACAUGGAAGUAUACCUUAUUGGAAAGAUGGUGUAGGAAACUGCAUUCUACUCUACUAUAAUGUUGGCUUUGUCAACAUACAGAAUAAAGGAGAAAACUCUAUCCAGCGCUCAGGCUGUCUAGUUAUCUAGGUUCAUCAUAGGAUACAGUAUCUAGUGAUCCAGGAUACUUGCCAGUCGAGGUCACAUACACUCAUCCCAUAUCUAUCUGACUCAUUCUAACUUGCUGCAGGAAAGCAGUUCCAGACGUUAUUUAUUUUUGUAGACAUUUUGUUGUCAUUGCUGGCAUGUGAAGGACUAUGCUGUGUAUGAGCUGUGUACAUUGUGUGAACAUGAUGAAUGACUGAGGUGUAUCUCCCAGCUUGUUCCUGUCAAUAAAUCAUAUUAGUUUUUAA